CGAAAGAUAAUUAGUAUUUAGUUCGGGAAGUGUGCUUGAACCGGCCAAAUGUACUACCGCGGUAUUGCUCGGGAACGGCGUGCAGUGUGCCUCAGUUAGUGGUAGUGAUCUUGCGUCCAGUCGGUGUCUGGCGCGCACCGCGUGAAAGUUUUUCCGCCCCGUUUCGGGGUCAAGUGAAAUCCUCCGGUGUUCAGUGCCCGGCCCAGGUGGUCCCGUUUUUUUUUUUGUUUUGCAAAUGGUGGUGGUCCCAGGUCCGGGCAGCCGUGCGGUGAACUGGUUGUACGGGAACCUUGGCUGUCAAUUGGCUGCGGAUCUGGUGGGGACCAGCGGGAACACCCCUCGGUUCGGUUUCACACGCAAGUGUCCCGGCCAGCCCUUUUCGAAAGCUACCCGUGUCCACGGCAGGGCAGAAAUUAAUGUCUUCCUUUUCACCGAAAAUGACUUCCAAAGUGAAUAAUUACUCAUUGACACAGAGCGAUUGGUGCUGGUGGGCUGCAAUCAUAAUUAAGGCCAACAGCAACGACCGCGGCAUCAUCGGCGGUGGUCAAGUCCGGCAUCAGCUGAAGGCGACGGUUGAGGGGGGAAAAGUGCACAGCAUUGACAUCGGUGACAGCGGGAAAAGUUAGUCCUGCAGCACCGCGAGCAAGAGUAGUUCCAUGCGAAAUCGUAACCACUAUAGCAUUUCGCUUGGAACUGCUCCGCUCGAAAAUUAACCCUGCCACCAUCAGCAGCAGUGCGUGUGAUAUUGGCCCGAGGGCGCGAAUUAACCGUCAGAGAAAAAAAAGCAGUUACAGUGUUCGUGGUUGGUCGUUUUUGUUUUGCCGUUGAGCCCCAGCACUUGCGCCAUAAUUGAUGACUUGAACGGAGUGACAGAGCUUUUGAGCAGGAGGGAAAACGAACUGUCUAUGCGUGCGGGAAAAAAAAGUUCUCAAAAAAACAGUCCUUCGAUUGGAUCACGACUUAAUUAAAAUUCAAUAAAAUCAAUAUAAGCAUAAGAGAGAAAAAAAACACCGACCGACAGUGAAAAUCUCAGUUGUCCCAGUGAACCCGACCCAUUAUAGCAACCGCGAGUGGGGUCGAGGAGGAAAAAAGUGACGACGCGAGGAACACUCGAUAUAAUCACUUUUAACGGGCUGUGAUAUUUUGUUGCGAUCGCGAGGAAGAGUGGCAGGAAGUGGCGAUCAGCAAGUGACAGCAGCAGCAGCAACAGCAGCAGGAUCAGUGCAUUCGACUUCAAGAAGCGGAACUCCCGUGCACUAGCAAGUAGCAACAUGCGUUUUGUGCUGAUUGCAAUUUAUUUGAUAUUAAUUAUGCCCAUCACUGGAUCUUGGUGGGCCGAAGGCAGCAACAUUCUGCUGGAUCCCUCGCAGGUCUGCGAGAACCGGAACAACAAAAAAACCAAACGGCUAACCGGAAAGCUGGCGGACAUCUGCAAGAAUGACACCUCGCUGAUGAAGGAAAUCAAACGGGGCAUCAGUCUGGGCUUCCGGGAGUGCGAGAACCAGUUCCGAAACAACAUGUGGAACUGCUCGUGGACGAUCAAACGCAGCAUGCGGCGGAUAUUGACCAGGGAUACCCGCGAGACGGCGUUCGUACACGCAAUCACAGCCGCUGGAAUCACGUACGCCGUUACGAAGGCCUGUACGAUGGGCGAUCUGGUGGAGUGCUCUUGCCAAAACCAUAUCAAGAAAAGCGUCCAGAACUACCCCCAGGGUAUCGUGGCGGGUGACGUUACAGGGCUUGGCGCCGGAGGUAUUGAUGGGCCCGGACCGUGGCCUGGUGGUGGAAAGAGUGGCGGACGCAAAGGCGGAAAAAAUGGAGCCGGGUCCGGCCGGAAGGUGAACGCACGCAACACGAUGCUGAUUACCUCGUAUCGGAACGUCAAUAGCAAUUUCAACUAUAAUAGUCAGGCCGCGCCUGGUGCCAACAAAAAGGACGUUUUGAAACCGUUGCAGGGCCAAAAGCCAGCAGCAGGCAAUGGGAAGGAUGGAAGCUGGGAGUGGGGUGGGUGUGAUGAUAAUGUGAAUUUUGGAUUUAGGAAAUCGAAAGAUUUUCUGGACGCGCGGUUACGAAAGAAAAGUGACAUUCGCACGCUUGUGAAGCUGCAUAAUAACAACGCCGGACGAUUGGCCGUUAAGCAAUUCAUGCGAAUGGAAUGUAAGUGCCACGGGCUGUCCGGUUCCUGUACCAUGCGAACCUGCUGGAUGAAAAUGCCUCCGUUCUCGGAGGUCGGCGGCCGUCUCAAAGAACAUUUUGACGGCGCAACCAAAGUGAUAGCCCGCAACGAUGGCCACAGUUUCAUGCCGGAUGAUCCGUCGAUAAAGUUGCCAACCAAACGGGACCUGGUUUACACGGAAGAUUCGGAUGAUUUUUGUGAGCCGAAUUCGAAGACGGGUUCGCUGGGAACCCACGGCCGAGAGUGUAAUAUCACCUCGAACGGGGUGGAUGGUUGCAACUUGAUGUGCUGCGAGCGAGGACAGAGCAGGAAGCAGGUUGAGGUGAAAAGGAACUGCAAAUGUAGCUUCAAGUGGUGCUGCGAGGUGACAUGCAGCACAUGUAUCGAUGUGAAGGAAGUCUAUACUUGUAAGUAGGUAAGGACACGAUGACACGGACAGGGGAUGAAAACUUUUCAGGCGAUAACCCGGCAAGACUGAUCCAAGUGACAACAGUGAGGAAACGAGCAUUGUUCUAGAAGUGAUUUUGGCUGUAACGUUAUGUUAAUUGAAAUUUAGGAAGUUAGAAUUUGAAAUUGAACCCAUUGAUUGAUGCAAACCCAAGAAAUUGUUGUUUUACAGCGCAGUGUGACUUACCAGAUCUUCGAAUAAGCUUUAAACAUUAUGUUAGGAUUGAUCAUUACUAAAAGCAUUUCACUAAUAAGUAGAAUAGGAAGGCAAUAUUUAUUGUUAAGUGUGGUUAAACCAAUGCU